AUGACAGGCCCCAACCACAAACCAGGAGAGCUCCCUGUUUCACCCAUUUUUAUAUUUAUCAUCAUUUGUGUGACGCCGUCUCUUUGUCUCUUGAACGAGGAGUUGGCGGUCGAGCCCACAGUGUCAGAGCGUCUCUCCGCCAGCAUGAUGGAGAAGCCCUUGAAUGCCAGUGUUUCCAACUUCACCUUGCCAUUGACGUGCGGGAACAACACCCACUACUGCAUGGACCUGUGCAGCUUCUGUCACGACAUCUUUCAUGAACACAGUAUGCAGUGUCUCUCUGUGCUUCUUGACUCUUUGUGCCUGACUACAUUCCACAUCGAGAUGACGCAGAGUAACGCAGACUCCUGCGUUUGGGGCAACGUCAGCGGCUUUUACAGUAACCUCAGCAUCUGCACCGAGGAGAUCUCCGACUGCCUGAUCAUCCCGUGGCCCAAUCCUCUGGUGGAGCAAACAUUUCUGGACAUUCACUCGCGGUAUUUCCAGGACUGUCCAUCGGAGGAGCUGAGCGACCCUCCGCCGGCGAUCGUCUUUGCUCUGGUCAUCACGCCCAUCUGCCUGAUCCCCGUCAUGGUCAGUUUGGUGGUGCUCAAAACUAAGAACGGAGACGGGAGUCAAUAG